UAUUUUAAUAUUUAUUUUUACAAAAUUUUAAAUCCUAAUUCCAAAACCCCACCCCUUAACUCUAAACCCUAAGAUUUGAAUUAAUUAACCCAAGGGGUAUAAGUGUAUAUUUACUUCUUUAAUGAAACCUAUUUUUGUGACUUUGAGCCUUGAGUGCUACUUUGGGAACAAAAACUUGGUUUGGUGUUAUUCUAGUCUUUUUCUCUAAUAUAAAGUAAUGAACUAUUUUUCGACCAUAUAUAAACAUAAGGUUACAUGAGAUAGUAUUUGGAGUGUUAAUCUUUUUCCUAAAUAAAUAUUUUCAGUGAUAUGUUUGAAACUUAAAGAACACGUUAUGAGAAAUGAAUUCAUUUGUAUGGUGGAUGAACUAAUAAAUGGAAAUCUAAUGUUAAUGAAAGUAACCUUGGACCGGUGACUCGUUGUUAUGUGUGGCAUUGUGGUAUGGGCUAAACGCUCCUUGGUCCUUUUGCAACUCACUUGUAGACAGACAUGUACGAUGUCUUUCAUAAAGAAUGGAAAAGGUUUAAUAGAAAUAUUAAUAACAUAUGUUCAUUUUUAUUUUCCAUAUCUUUUAGCACAUUUUUGAUUAAUUGUAUGCAAUUGAUUAAGUUUUCACUACAAAUAUUGGUUAUGUAUAUUGUUAAAUCCUAUGGUUUCUAACAUAAGUACCUAAAACUAGAAAGUGUAACUAAUUAUAUAUACAAAACCUAAAAGUGUAAGGUAUUUUAAAAUACCUCUUUUACGCUAAUGAAUUAAUUUAUAGAGUUUUGGAACUGUAUAGCUACUCGAAGACAGGUGGGUGGGCAUAAAACAACCACUGACCCAUAGAUGCUUUGACCACCCAGCCAAUCGUGUAGCCGUGUAAACCCCAUGUACACAUACUAUAUAUCAAUAUUGACCCAUGUAUUGACAAUUUGUAGAACAUGUCCGUUUCCAUUUCAAAAAUCCAAAAGAAGAGAUUUAUGAAGUCUCUAAUAACUUGAUCAAUUUUUGUUAUAAUGAUGUGUUUUCUUUUUAUCGCCAUGACAUAUCUCUUGGAGCUGAAUUUCAAACUGUUGAAAACAAAGAGGAACAAUCAUGCAAGGAGGAUGUGAUUACCCUAUUCCCCUGAACUUGUUUAUAACUAAUAUACCCGUUGACCAAGCAGUAAUAGAUUUCCUGUUCCCUACAGUCCAUCCGAAAUUGGGUUUCACAACAGAUCUUUUCCAAUAAGAAUUAUUCUCCAUCCAUAUCCCGACAGUCAAGGAAGUUUACAAUACACCAUUACAAUAUUUUCUGAGCAGUGUUCGACCAAGGAGACGGUUGUUCAGAACUCUCCACUCUCCAGCUGAGCUUAGCUAGAUAGGCAUAUCUUUUUAUUGUUAAACAUAAUUUCUUAUGUCCAGCCGAUUUUUUUAAAAAAAUUCUGGUAGGUUAUUGUGUUACCCUUAAACAUAUAAUUUUCAUGUUUUAAUUCAUGAGUACUCUUAAUUCAUUCACAACAUAUCAUUUCAUAACUUGUUUUUAAGAAAAUCUUAGAAUUUUUUUCAUGUUUACAAAUUUCAUGGUAUCAUUAUUUAUUUUUACCAUCAUUAAAUAGACAUUUGCAAGAAUACAUUCUUCAUUAAAUAACAAAAAAAACUCUUAUACACUUGUUCUCUAUAUAUAUAAUAAAUAAUUAUUUAAAUACACAAAAAAAUAAAUAAAAUAAGAAAAAUACUUUUUUAUGUUUUCGAAUUAUACCUUCUCAAAUUCAAACUUUUUAAUAUAUUUUUUUUUAUUUUUUUCAUAAUUUCUUUGUGAAAAUCAAAAAUUAUGUUUGAAACUACUUUUUAAUUUUUUUAAGUAUUUAUUUAUAUAUUUAUUAGAAUCCUAAAUUUCACAUUCCAAAAAUCAUAUUUCAUCAUUCAACUCUAAACCCUAAGUGUAGAUUAGUUAAUCCUAAAGUAUUUUACCUUUAAUUAAAAGUGAAGAUAAAAGUGGUUAGUGUAAACAUGAAAAGUGGUACUAUGAAUAUGAUAUUUUUGAUAAUUUCCCAAAAUCUUAUUUUAUCAUAUAAGAUUAAAAAUAUGAAAACACAUACCUUAACAAGCAUGAUUUUUAUAAAAUCUGAUUCAUGUUCUCAAUUAUAGUUUUUUACAUUUCUAUAUCGUAUAGAUCUUUAUUUUUUUCAUGUCUAGUUUAGUUUAGUUGCAAAUAGCUUUCUUCUUCAAAAUUUAAAUUGAAGUAAAGGGAAAAUAAGAAUUAGUGAUAUUACUAUUACUAUUUCUGUUUUAACUGUUAUUUCGAUUUCCAUUUAUAUUAUAUGGUUAUUGUAUAAAAGCGAACAUAUCUUAUAUGGGUACCCUGUUAUCAGUUUAAAAGAAAUCAUAUAAAAUUCAUUAAUAUUUAUUUGUUUUCUCUCUUUGUCAGUUUAAAAUAACUCAGCAUAUAUUUAAAAAUAAUAAUAAUUAUACAACUAGCAAAUUAUCACAUAUAAAACAGGAAAUAUAUCUAAUAUCUCUUUUUAUUUGCUUCACGAUAUAUAUAUAUAUAUAUAGUUAGCGACUCUCUAGGGUUUUGCUGUCACGUGGGAACUCGGGAGAUUUGAGAACCAGAGUUUCCAUCUUUAGGCUUCAUUAUGGUUCAAAGCAAGAAGAAUGUUAACUGGUCAGAGCUUUGCCCUGAGUUGGUUCAAUGUGUUUUCGAACGAUUAAGUUUCACAUAUCUGAAACGAGGAAGAUCUGUCUGUUCUUCGUGGCGCACUGCUUUGAGAGGUUGCGUCCCAAAAGGUAAUCAGAUUCCAUGGCUGAUUCUCUUCCCUCAAAACGACAAUAACAACGAAAACAACAACACCAGUUGCGUGUUGUUCGUUCCAGAAGACAGAGACAAAACCUACAAAACCAGAGAUCUCGGUGCUUACUUUGUUAAGAGUAGCUGUGUUGCUACUUAUGGAAGCUGGCUCCUGAUGUUGGACACUCUUUGGAAUCUCUACAUUAUAAAUCCUUUGACCGGUGAGAGGAUUGAUUUACCAACCACUGACUAUGCUCAAUACGAACGACCUUCUGAUAUAAAACCCCAAGACCUCGUAGCUUGUCUCUGGAUAGACGACAUAAGCAAAGAUUACUUAGUUGCGUGUGUAAUGGGUUACCCUGUCUUUACAAAGAAAGGGAACCACUCGUGGCGAAGGAUCUCCUCUCGUUACGGGGAAGGGCGGUACAAACAAAUGGUAUACGAACCCACAUCCCAACAGCUCUACGUUCGUCGUUACUACAAUUAUCCUGUUAAGGUCUGGUCUUUCUCCGGAGAUGAUCCACAACAAGUCUCUGAAGAUAAUUAUCCUCCAGUUGAGUAUGCCUUUUGGGAUUUCCUCAGCAAAGACAAAGAGUUGUAUCUGAAAGAAGAAGUGUUUUAUGUGAGAGAGUAUGUUGACAGCAGGCUACACAUUGCAGUCAGUACAGUCUCUGGACAAGUUUUGAAGGUAGUUAACGUGUUGCAGAAGUCCAAAAGAUGGCUCUUUCGCGUCUACAAAAUGCACCCUGUUGAGCUUAAUUGGGAAGUAGUCGACUCUCUGGGCGAUGAGGCGCUGAUCUUAGACAUGGGUAUCACUGUUGUAGCCGAAGAUAUUCCAGGGAUCAAGAAGAACUCAAUCUACUUUAGUGGUCUCGAUAAUGGCAGAACGAAUCCUGACCAUAUAUUUGUGUUUGAUCUCACCACCCAUGAGAUUGAACCUUUGCCUCAAUGUGUUUUCUCCUCUGUUCGUUUCUCUGAUGCUCGAUGGUUCUUCCCGGGUCUAGACGCUUAGUCUAACUGUGCUGUUUGCACCUCAUCAUGUCUUAGUUUUUGUUUUGUUAUGAUGAAAUGAUAU